GGCGGGCGGGGGACCGCGGCACCGGCACCCGGGGCGGGCGGGGACCAGGGCAGCGGCAUCGCGGGGCGGAGUGGGGACCCGCGGCAUCGGCAUCCCGGGGAGCUGCAGGCACCGGCAUCCCGGGGACCCGCGGCGCCGGCAUCCCGGGGCGCGGCGAGGACCUUAAGAUCGGUAACACAGGGAACAGGGCACCAGCCUGCGAACCCCCGGGCAUCGCAGGGGUCAGCAGCCUGGGGUGCGUCGGGGACUCGCGGCAUCGGCAGCCCGGGGUGAGAGGGCAACCGGAGCAGCGGCAUGCAGGGGAAGCGAGGCACCGACAUCCCGGGGUAAGCGGGGAGCCGCCGUGCCAGCAUCCACACCCCGGGAUGCUGCUGGGUGCCGGGGCGCAGGGACACUCCUCCCUGUCCCUCUGCGGGCGGGUGUAGGGCAGUCCCUCGCCCCGGAGCCUGCCUUCCCCGGGGGCUGCAUUCCUCCUCCCGGGGAACGGAGCACGGGGGUCCCUCUGGAGAGCUGUGCACGCUCAGCGUGAGCCCUGGGAGUGGAGGCUGGCACAGCGCUGGGCUCUUGGUAAUCACCCUCUCCUGCACCCGAGGCGAGCAGGGAGUCCCCCGUCAUCUCCAUCUCCAGCCCUGAGCAUUUUGGUGGCCUCUGAGCACGCAGCAGCAGCUUGUGCUCUGCCUGCAGGGAGCAGCCAGUAGUGGGAAUCCCCCUUCCAUUCUCCCCACUGCCUGCCUGGCAAACCCCGCACCGCCCAAGGCACGGCUUGCUCCUGAGCAUCUUCAAGCCGAUGAGCACGAAGCCGCUCAGCAAUGGGGAUGGGGCUCUGCAGGGGCGGUUUCGGAUGACCAGAGAGCAGAUGUCUCCUCAGUCCUGUCCCAGCAUAUGGGGACACCACCCUGCAGGAGCUGGGACGCCACCCACUCCCACGGGCCCUCCAGGUACUGAGCAGGGGACUCCCAGUCCUAUCCCAGUUCCAUGGAUAUCUUGCACAGGAUCUCCUCAGUGGUCUGCAGCCACCACCCCUGCACGCAUGGGACAUGCACGGUCACAAGCCCCGGGUGACAGGGCAUUUAGGGUAGGCUACAGGCAAAGGAUAAGAGGUCCCUCCUCCUCCUCUACGCAUUCCUAAUGGCUCCUUUGAGACAAGCCACACGACUCCCUGCUGGGAAGCCUCGCUGAGCUGGUGCUUCUGCCCCCUGCCAGGAGCCCCCAGAUCUGGGGGAGCCCUGUGUCCCCUCCAGCCCCGCUGUCUCACCCACAGGUGGAACCCUCUCCUGCUCUGCUGAUCAUGGUCAACAAGACCUUAAACUACUGGGGUCCCGGCUUUGAGGAGGACGUUAUCAACAUCAACGUGGGCGGUCUGAGGAGGCGGCUCAGCUCCAGCGCGCUCUCCAAGUUCCCCGACACGCGCCUGGGACGGCUGCUCUCCUGCGACUCGGAGGAGUCCAUCCUGCAGCUCUGCGAUGACUACGACGUGAGCGCCAGGGAGUUCUACUUCGACCGAAACCCCGGGUUCUUCCUCUACGUGCUGCACUUCUACCAGACGGGCAAGCUGCACGUCAUGGAGGAGCUGUGCGUCUUCUCCUUCUGCCAGGAGAUCGAGUACUGGGGCAUCAAUGAAUUCUUCCUGGACUCCUGCUGCAGCUACCGCUACCACGAGCGCAAGCUGGAGAGCCGGCACCACAACUGGGAUGAGGAGAGCGAGGUGAGCAGCGUGGACACGUCCCCCGAUGAGAUCUCUGACAUCAACCACGACCUGCUGCGCUACAGCACGCUGCGCUGCGGCAACCUGCGCAAGCGCCUCUGGCUCACCAUGGAGAACCCCGGCUACUCCAUCCCCAGCAAGCUCUUCAGCUUCGUGUCCAUCAGCGUGGUGCUGGUGUCCAUAGCCACCAUGUGCAUCCACAGCAUGCCCGAGUACCAGGAGGUGGAUGAGAAUGGCAACGUGCUCGAUGAACCCAUCCUGCACAAGCUGGAGUAUUUCUGCAUCUCCUGGUUCACCUUUGAAGUAUCCUCCCGCCUCCUGCUCUCACCCAACCCCAGGAAGUUCUUCAAGCACCCGCUGAACCUGAUUGACAUUGUCUCAGUGUUGCCCUUCUACUUCACCCUGCUGGUGGACGUGACCAUGGGCAGUGACUCGGAGCUGGGCAACCUGGGCAAGGUCGUGCAGGUGUUUCGGCUCAUGAGGAUAUUCCGGGUGCUGAAGCUGGCUCGGCACUCCACUGGACUGAGGUCACUGGGGGCCACCUUGAAGCACAGCUACAGGGAGGUGGGGAUCCUGCUGCUCUACCUGGCUGUGGGGGUCUCUGUCUUCUCUGGAGUGGCCUACACUGCUGAGAAGGAGGAAGACGUUGGCUUUGACACCAUCCCAGCGUGCUGGUGGUGGGGCACGGUCAGCAUGACCACCGUGGGCUACGGGGACGUGGUGCCCGUCACCGUGGCGGGGAAGCUGGCGGCCUCGGGCUGCAUCCUGGGGGGCAUCCUGGUCGUGGCGCUGCCCAUCACCAUCAUCUUCAACAAGUUCUCCCACUUCUACCGCAAGCAGAAGGCGCUGGAGGCGGCCGUGAGGAACAGCGGCAAGGAGGAGCCCGAGGAGGCGGGGAGCAGCCCCAGCCAUGAGCGGGACUCGGAGGCUCUGAGCGACACCUCCCUGGACAGGGGCAGCCCUGACCGCCGUGGUCUGACCCCCGGUGCCCACCCCAGCCCCUGAGCCCUCGCUCUGCAGCCCUGGGGCACGUGGGACCUGCUGGGACCCACCUGGGACCUGCUGGGACCCACCUGGGCACGUGGGACCUGCCUGCUCAUGGUGAGCACGGCACCGGGACACGGUGGAGGAGCCACGGCCAGCAUCAUCCUGAGAAGGACAGGAGGGGUUGGAGGAGAUGUUGGAGGGUGCUGGCUGCUUCCAGACCCUGUGCCUGCCUGGAUGUGUCUCAGCCUUCACCCUUGCUCACCCGUGGCUGCAAAGGGAGGUUGUGGUGCUGGAUAUACCCCUGCCAGAAAGGGAGGCAGAAAAUAAGAAAUACAAGUGAGCCCUGAUGAGGCACUGCCCCAGGUGUAUGGAGAGGGAUUUUCCUCUGCCCUAAAGUUUUGUGUUGUCCAGGGUGAGGUUAAAUAGCUCAAGGAUGAGGCAGCCCUCAACCAGGCUGGCAGUCCUUACAGAUCCUGUGCCAUGUUGACAACUCCAGCCCCAGCCUUGUCCUACCCCAGCAGGAAACAGGCUCAAAAGGCUCAACUGCCCCUCCAGCCAUAAAGGAAAGGGGCCUGGGAAUGAGCCUGGAUGGGAGGAGAGGUAGUGUCCAGCUCAGGGUGAGCCCUGUGGUCCCCAGCCCCUGCAGUGGGAUCGACUGAGCCCCACCUUCUUUCCACUGCUAGGAUUUAUCUGCUGUCCUGCACUGCCACUGCCGGGACCCCAGGGAUCUGGGGCUGUGCUGGGAGUGUGGCUCAGCUGGGAGCAUGUCCACCCGUGGGGAGGGACACUGCCCACACACGGGGGGUGACCAGGAUGGCAGAAGGAGCCCUGUGCUCUGAGGCAGCAGCAGGCAAAGGGGUCAAGCUGGGGGAGCUGGGGAGCCAGUCCCAGUGGGGCUGUCCCCCAAGCCCUGGUUUCCCUCACCACAGCCCCAUGCCUGGCGUUAUCCUGCCUCUUCCCUCCCUGUCUCAGGGCCAGGCAGGGCCAGGAGGGCUGUAAGGAGGGGUCACACUGCCCCAGUGUCCUCACAGGGAGCUGAGCUGCUGCUGCACUCACCUUCCCCCUGCAGGGAGGGAGCUGGGGCACAGGGGACCUUGCACUGCUAUUGUCACCACAGCCUCUGAGCACCUCAGCCAGGCAGGGAGGCCGGCCUGGAACACAAACCCCUUCCUGCCCUCACCCCAGCCCACCUGAGCACUUUCAGGGCUGCUCCCAGCACAGCAUCAGUUCCCUACAGAGCUUUUCCUCGCCCUCCCACCCCUGUUCUGUUUGGAAAUUGUGCAGCCCCGUUGCACACAGAGGAGUGCACCCAGCAAUGCCUGUUUAGAGCAGGAGAAAUGUGCAUCCCACAGUCCCAAACCACCUCAAACACUCAUUAAAGGCUGCAGGAUGACCCCAGGUCCCUGGAUCAUGGCUUUGCUGCUGCUUCUCCUGGCUGGUUUCAGCACAGCUGUAGCUGCUGCUGCUGGCUCUGCCUGUAGCAAUCUGCUGGUCACAGGCAAGGAAAGCCAACACUGGUGCAGGUCCAGCUUUCCAAGCCCAGUGGGACUCAGGGAGGGUCCCCAAGGAUUGGUGGUGUGAGAUGGGAGGCUGCUCACGCUUCUGGCAUCAUCAAGUCUUCCAGUACCAACUCCAUGGUCUGCUCUGUGCUUAUUCCUGCUGGGAGCUGGGACUGGAGAGCAGCACCCUCUGCUCCAACCAGCUCCUGCUGCACUGUUACUUGAAUACAGGAAGGAGUUUCCCCUUCUCAACAUAAAUAUUCCAGUAGCAAAAUGUAUUCAAAUGUGAAGAGUAAAUUAUAUCUAUUAAUGAAAAAGCAUUAUGCAAAUAAUUAGGAGCAUGUAAAUUAAUUUUCUAUCUAUGCAUGGGAUGCAUACUGUAUAUUUUAUUAAAGACCUCAAUGACCUGC